AAAGUUCGGUCGCGUUUGAUAAAAAAAAACUUAGCGGCUGCUUUAUUCAAUGCAUUCAUCUUGUAGUGAUUAGUAUCCAAACCAUCACAAAGUAAGUCUUGUUGAUCAUUAGCAGAUACCCAGAAUAAUACACUUCACAUAGACCAUAGUCUUUAGAUAAAAUGGCCUCUAAAUUAGUUAUUAGAUUCUACAGCCCCAAAGCAAAUUUUUAACAGCUAGACGACCUACGCGCAUUUGAGCUAGGGUUUUUGUACUUGGACGAUUGCUGGGAUUUCAAUGUUGAAACUAGGGUUCAGGGUAUCGAUUGGCAUUCAACAUCGCGUGUUCGUUAUUAUUCCACGGGUGAAGAGACACUUGCCGCCGCCGAGAAUUUUGUGUUCAGAUAAGCGGGACUACAAUUCGUCGGGACUGAGUCGGUAUGUUCCAAAGAAGUCUCGAGAGAUUGGCGAAGAAUUGACAUCUCAGCCUGUUGAUACCUCUGAGAAGGUUAUAUAUGCUAGUAGAUUUGAUCAUAGUAUAUUGGGAUCUGAAGCGAAGGGUAACAUCAAAGAGGCUAGAGAGGGUAUAUAUUUGGAUUCGCAAGAGAAAAACGGUUCUGGAAGUUACAUGAAUGAGUCUUUCGAUGACUCUAAUGAAGGUGUUAUGAGUUUGGGGAAGAGUAUAACUGCUGGUAGAUGGGAUCAUAGUGUAUUGGGUUCUAAAGUGAAGGGUGACUUUAAAGAGGCUGGAGAGGGCACAUGUUCGCACCUGCAGGAUAGAAACGAUGCUGGAAUGCACAGGAGCUUGUCUUGUGAUGACUCUAGAGAAGAGCUGGAAGACAGCAGCAACGAUGUCAGAUCUAGAGGUUAUAAGUCGAUGAGACAACACAAAAAAGCUUAUGAUGAAAUCAAAUUACAUAUGGAAGCUGAGCCGGCAAAGAGUAGCAAAGAAGCCUGCAAAACCACGCAAGAGGCAGAGAACAUGGCUAUUCGUUAUCUUGGUUUAAGAGCAUAUACAGCAGUUGAGCUGAAGAAGAAGCUCAUUGGAAAGAAGUAUCCUCUUGAAAUCGUUGACAGAGUGAUCAAUGAUUUUCAGCAUCGAGGUUUCAUCAACGAUAGCUUGUACGCGGAGUCAUUCUCUCGAUCUAGAUGGUCUUCCUUAAGCUGGGGACCUAGGCGGAUCAAGCAAGCAUUGUUUAAGAAAGGUAUAAGCAACAAAGACUCAGAGGCGGCCAUAAAGCUUGUUUUUGAGAAAGGCCAAUGCAAGGAAGAAGAUGAAGAAACAGAACCGAGGCACGGGAUGUCCAAGGAAGCUGUGGAUCAGCUUUAUGUUCAGGCGUCGAAGCGGUGGCUCCAAGGCAGAUACUUGCCUGUAGAAAAUCGUAAAGCUAGAGUUAUCAGGUGGCUUCAGUAUCGGGGAUUUAACUGGGGUGUUGUUUCCCAGCUUCUCAAGAGGUUAGAGUCUCAUCAGUCGUGACUCGUGACCAUAUUUUACACUUCAAUCCUUUUGGCCCAUAAUGUUGAAUGGGGUGUGGCUCGCAAUUUGUAAUAUCAAUAAGAUUCACUUGCUGUAGGUAAGUUUCACUCACUGAAUCAGUAAUCACUGUGUGAUUGGUGUGUCGAUAUAUAGUUGAAAUUCUCUAUAAAAGACUAAAAGUAUUUAGCCUUACCUAA